AUGAACAACGGUGGUCCUUACAAUGGUUACCCCCUAAUGCGAAGCGGCUGCGGUACUUCCAAGCAAAGGAAAAAUGGGCCACCUGAGAGAGCAGCCACCGGCGGCGUGGAAAUCGCUGGAGGCGGUGAUUGGUUAAAUAUUGUCUCUCAAACUUCGUACCAGCGCGCCAUCCUUUCAAGAAGUUCCGCGCAAAGCAACGACGUUGGGGGGAGUACGCCCCAGCAAGGUACAUCAACUUGCGAACGGUCGCACAAAGACGCGGUAAGUGGCAGCAACAGCACUUUUACACUUGCAGAUCCGGCAGCUGUCGCUUUUCCUCCUCUUGCCGUGGGCAGUACAAGCAAGAGUUCUUUUCAGUCAACAGAAAGGUGCGCGGCGGUGCCUGUGGACAUUUCAUGUCCCCUUCCCAUCGAUUUUCUGUGGCCGCGGGCAUUUUUUGGCAGAAUGCAUGUAGCGACAGGGGGUGCAGCGGCAUCGCGCAGAGACACGCAUGGGAUGGGACCACCAGCAGUUGGCAUGGAGGAUAUGAGCAGCGGCUGUAGCUUAAAAGAAAACGCUACCAAAGGGGGCUCAGUAGCCGUACGGGAGACUCAACUGUCAUCUCCUUCCAUCGAUGACUCUUCUACCAUGAAUUCGUUGCAGGCGCCAUACCCUGUUGAUUGGACACCGACGCUUGGGGACGACUUGGCGGCGCCUGGGGAGCGGGGCUUUCGUGAAUUGAGGGGAUUACUUGGCGCGGUUUUUCGUGAGUGUUGUCCUAAGCUAUUCUCCGCAUUGCGGGUUCCGCAUUAUUUCAUGGAGAAGGGUGUAUUAGAUGAUGCUAAGUUAAGGCAGCACCGAGGUGGCAGACGUCAGGAAGCGGAGUUGAGUGAACGUGAUAUGAUACCUCUUCCAUUACUUAAUGAGAUCAACAAUGUAGUGGAUGAGCGUGAUAGAUCUCCAAAGUAUACGAUGACCAGCCAAAGCGAUUCGUCAGACCUUCUUGACCACAAGACUGCGGUAUUCCGUGACCCGAGUAGUUUGCAGAACGCCCCGCAGGAGGGGCAAAACGAGGAGGAUCCCGCGCAAAUAUUCGCUGGAUUGCUUCAUCAACUUGCCGUCGCUGGGAAUGACAGUUCUGCCACUGAUGGUGUCUCUGUUUCCUUUACAUUAGGAAAUAAUGGAGAUUCUGUUCAGGACUCCGCCACUGGGGGUGAAGGGACAUUCUCACCACAGUGGUUACGUAGUUACUCGUACCGGUAA